GUUAUGAGCCCGUUUCUUGCUCGGAAAUAUGAGCUAUUUUAGGCCCGUAUAAGUGGUCAAUUUAAGCCCUCUGAUUGGCUGAACCAAAAUUCCAUACCCCAGAUUCCAAAAAAAAAAAAUUCCAGGAUCCCAGAUACGGUCCGAACCUGAGCAUGUCAGGAGAACCUACUACGCCUCCCGCUACUGCUAUACGACGAUCACGUCGCCGAAAUCUCCAAAACAAGUCCUCGAAUAUAGACGAGACCUCCUCAUCAGUUGUCUCUGAAGAGAUAGAGACCCCAACGCCUUCCGGAGCCAAUCUGAGCUCUACCAAUACCGCCAACAUGGCUUCCACAAACGAACUUACCCCUGAUCUUGCUGAUAUGAUGCGACAAAUGCUUGCUCGCCAGAAUCAGAUGGAACAAGAUAUGCGAGACCGUGAAGCUAGAAUGGAGCUAAAACUGGCAUCUAUCAUCCAGUCUAAUACUCCACAAGCUUCCUUGCCUUCAAAUACAACCCAAGAUACUACACCAAUGGAUAUCCAACCGCCUCUGCGUGAUGCCUCAGACACAAAUAUCAGCAAUGCUAUUGCCCUUGUCCAAGCCGAUGUCGAUACGCUACUGCCUGACCGAUGCCGUGUCAUCUUGACACUGGAUAAUUACGAUGCAUGGAGCUCUGCCAUACAAAAAGAAGCUGGUAUUCUCAAUGCUAUUACAACUCUUCACCAGGACUCUCCUCCUGCUGGAUCAUCUCCACUUGAUGCUGCAGUUUGGCACAGAAAAGCCAUUGUCAUGAGAGCCCGUAUGCUCAAUGCCAUGACAACCCCUGCUUCCGAUAAACUAGGCACCGUAUAUGACCUCUCUGCCCAUGGUCUUUGGGACCGAGCUGCCACACUUUUUGGCAAAUCCACCGGUGAAGAGCGAAUGGCCCUUACCAUGGAGCUCAAAGAGCUCUAUAUAAAGGAUAACGAUUAUCUCACCUACCAGUCAUCCUUUAAUCGAAUCUUUGACCGCCUACACGCUAUUGGAGAAGAAUCUCUUGAAAAUCUCAAACAUGACCUCUUCUUUAUAGGUCUCCGGGACUGGAACCGCGCCUUUAUCAAGAGUAAACUAGAUGAUGUCUACUCUACUGGCCGUGCUCCGGUUACCAACCUGGAUCUUAAGGUUAUCCAGACCCAAUUAUCUACUCGAACCGGCACUAAAUUCCGUGAUACUCAUUCUCAAGACCGGUCAAACCAACAGAAAGAGAACUCCCAGAACCGCAGUUAUUCAAAACAAGCAUCUGGAACCAAAUACACAAUUCCUCAACGUUCCAAUAACCAAGAUAGAUCUCGUCAUACACUUAUAGACUGUGAUCACUGCGGAAAUCGCCAUGGACUUAUAUGCUAUUUUAAACAUCCUGAGAAAGCACCAGAGUAUAGACGCAAGUUCUAUACUACUAUGGCUAAUGCUCUCCGUGUUCAGCAACAAUCUGAAGCAAACCCACAAUCAAACCAGGAUCACCCUGCUUCACAGGAACUUGUCUUGCAUAAGAAACUCUCCAAUGCCAAAUCUGCCAUUGUGAAGUCUGCAAAGACUCUCUCAUUUUCCAAUCAAUGGUUUGUUGACAGCUGUGCCUCUUUCCAUUCUACACCUGACCGUUCACUUUUUGCAACCUAUAAGGCCUUGCAGAAGCAUGAUCUGGUGGAGACAGAUUAUAUGGAAGGUGCUCAAGGCCAUAUCUCUAUGCCUCAAGGCAUUGGCACCGUGAUUAUAGAUAUUGGUUACGGAUCUCUGAUCCUAAGAGAUGUCCGCCAUGUUCCUUCCUUUACUUCCAACCUCAUUUCAGAAGGCAUGCUUGUACGACAAGGCUUUAGGCUUCAAUAUACACUAGAUUGUGAAGUCAAGCUGAUUACCACACCAUCUGGAGCUGAAUUCCAAGCCCGAUUGUUCAAAAACAAUGUUUACCUCCUUGAAGACUGUCUAUCUCCUGGAGAAGAAGAAAAUUCCUAUGCCUUUGUCACCACCCGGUCUGGCAAAGAAGUUAACCGCCCAGAAGAGCCACCUGCAAAGGCUCCCACAAUUAAGACACCAGCUGAGGCUCCUACUCCAAAAGAGACCCCGGUUCUAGGGAAGCCGCGAACUACUAAGAUAUCCCUACCUAUCAUGGCCUGGCACCGACGCCUAUGCCAUCUCAAUCAAGCCGAUCUCCUCCGCCUCGCCCGAGAUCCUGAGUCUUGCAUCGAAAUCAAAGGCUCUAAAGAACUCCCAUUUUGUGAAGUCUGUAUACAGGCUAGACAGACACGCUAUUAUAGCAAGGUCCCUAGGUCCAGAGUUACCAAACCCCUUGCCCGAGUCCAUCUAGAUAUCGCCGGCGGUGGACAAACUCUUGAUUUUGACAACCCUAAUGAUGUUGUCACUGGCCGAAUUGGGGCAAAAUAUGUCUUACUUAUUACCGACGAUGCCACACAUUAUCGAUGGAUCCUCUUCCUUGAGACAAAAAGUGCAGCCAUUACCGCCUUCAAGAACUGGCUUCAAAAUAUGAAGAACCAUGGCUUCACUGCUCCUGCCUACCUAGUCUCUGAUAAUGAAUUCCGCUCCACUGAAUGGAUGGAAACCUACCGUCAGGAAGGCAUAGAAUGGCAACCAAGCUCGCCAUAUUCACCAUGGCAAAAUGCCGUUAGUGAACGUGGCAUCCGGAUCCUUUUUGAACGGGCCCGAGCUAUGAUGCUUGAUGCCCCAUAUAUACCAGAACGCUUUUGGGUAGAUGCUCUCCAAUAUGCCACAGAUCUUACAAAUCGGCUCCCUACAUCUACCAUCUUAUACAAUUCCCAAAUUCCUGGGGGGGUGAAUAUCAACAAGGACAUACACCCCAGCCCUUAUCGCGCUCCGUUGGCAGCGUGGACUAAUUCAUCCAUUUCUUCACUCCCCGGAUAUCGCCGUUGGGGGUGUCCAGCCUGGGUCCAUCGGCAUGGACCAGAUAAACCUGGAAAUAAGCUUGAUUCACGUUCUCACUGCUGUUUCCUCAUUGGCCAAAUUAGUAGCCAUCAAUAUCGUGUUUGGGACCCUAAAACUGACACCGUCUUUGUCACCAAUGAUGUUAUAUUUGAUGAGGAUUACAAAGAUCCUACAACUACCACUCCCAAAGGUCCCAGCACCCCUACCGAAGAAAACCCAACUCAAUUAGUUGAAGAUGAACCUCUCAAUGACCAAGAUAUAUGGCUCCGACCUGCCAAAGGCAUGUCCCUAGCUUACUUUGCCACUUCAACCAUUCCUUCAUCAGAAGACAACACGCCUACUUCUUAUAAGCAGGCCAUAUCCCAUCCUGAUGCUGCUAAAUGGCAAGCUGCCAUGCAAAAGGAAGUCAACCAACUCAAAGAGAAAGGCUGCUGGCAACUCAUUCGCCGUUCUGACCUACCACCAGGGGCCAAAGUCAUCCCUGGCCGGUGGGUAUACAAAAAGAAAGAAAUCCCCGGCAUACCUAUCUCAGAGGAUUAUCAGGCUAAAGCCCGCUGGGUCAUUCGUGGCAAUCUACUUGAUAAAGACUUCAUGGAAUCCUACGCACCAGUGGUAAAUGAAAAUACUACCAGAACCCUCACGGCACUGGCCACCCUGCUUGGCUGGCAUACCCGAAAAGCUGAUGCCACCCUUGCUUUCCUAAAUGGGAAAAUGCCCACGGACAAACGUGUCUUUAUGACCCAAGUUCAGGGAUUCAAAGAAGGUUCUGGAGAUCUUGUCUGUGAACUCCUUCAAUCCCUCUAUGGAUUGGUCCCAUCUGCCCGCAUCUGGUAUGAUACUCUGGGUGCUUUUCUACGCCAAAUCAGCUUCAAAUGCUCUGAAUAUGACUCUGGUCUAUGGAUCCACACUACCCGGACCCAACUCUAUGUGACCACCCAUGUGGAUGACUUCAAAGUCUAUGCUAAACAUGAAAAUGAUGCCAUCUGGUUUAUGGAGACUCUCUCCGCCAAAUUUGACAUAAAAGAAGUUGGAAACUCUACCAAAUACCUUGGCAUGACCAUCUCCCAGUCUGAGACUUCAUCUUCUUUAUCUCAAGCCGACUACACUGAAGAUGUUGUUGCCUCUUUUGGUCAAGCCCAAGCACAUCCUGUUAGGAUUCCAAUGGAUCCUAGCCUAAUAAUUGAUGAUGAACCAGACCCUACAGUCAACACCAAAGAAUAUCAACGUGGUGUAGGCUGCCUUACCUGGCUAGCCACCAAAACCCGGCCAGAUCUUAGCCAGACGGUUGGCAUACUAUCCCAAUAUAACGCCAAACCCACCCAAAAAGCAUGGCGUGCCCUUAUACACGCCAUACGCUAUCUUAAAGGCUCCAUCAAUCGGCAAAUUACCUAUCAUAAACCCACGGAGUCCAUUACAUCUGACCUCCUCAUGCCAAAAUGUUAUACCGACUCUGAUUGGGGUGGCCAACUGACAGGCAACCGCCGGUCAGUUUCUGGAUACAUCUUUCUGCUUGCCGGAGCCCCAAUUGCCUGGAAAAGCCGCAAGCAAACAUCCGUUGCCCUUAGCUCCAACGAAGCUGAGUAUAUGGCUCUAAGCGAAGCCAGCCGUGAUGCCCUCUGGCUCCGGAAUCUCAUCAACGAGCUUAAUGUGCUCCCAACUGAAUGCCCACCAAUAUCUCUUCAUAUCGAUAAUCAAGGUGCCCACGCCAUGGCUGAAGCCGAGCUCACCACCAAGAGAUCCAAACACAUUGACAUACGCUACCAUUACGUUCGGGAGAAGGUCCGAGACGGCAUUGUUAAACUUCAGACCUGCCCUACCAAAGAACAGGCAGCAGAUGGCCUGACAAAACCUCUCCAAACUGAACGAUUCAAUCAUUUCCUGGAACUCACCGGCAUACAUUAAGCGGCGCUUGUUCCCCCAUUUUGGUUAUACUUUCUAUUCUGAUUUACGGCUUCUGAUUGGCCAAAGCGGAACCUCUCACUUCUCUGCUUAAUUUUGCUUUUACUCUCUCAUUUGGAGGCCUGAAUAGAGGCCGAUUUUUGUAUUUAAAUUCUUUAGAUUAGUCUUUAGGCCAGCUCGUGCGUGGGGGGUGUUGGAUCACGUGGGAUUCUGCCGCAUAGGUCCGCCCUCGCUGACCCUUUUCACCACGUAGGCCUAUCUAGCUAGUAACCAACCAACAAUACACCUCCAUUAGAUAUUCUCGUGCGUCACAUGUCCCACACGUGACGCAACCGAGUAUACUUCCUAGCUAAACUACCUAUCGACUGACUGGCUACUAGGUACAGCUGCUGGGGCAGAAGAGUUCAGCCGCAUCGUGCAAGAUUCAUCCUUUUUCAAGGAUAUAUGCCCAAACUGGGCCCGCUCAAGCACUGAAUAGUGCAACAGUCUACGCUUCUACCUGGACG